CACAUCCCUACAUCUUGGACUGCAGAGCUCUUGGAGGGUGUUGGGGGGCUGGGACCAGGCUUCGGGGCGUCCUUACCUCUGGAGGAACGGCCCCUCAGCGACAGAGGGGCCAGCGCUGGACCUGCUGGGCAGCCCCAGAACAGAGAGGGGAGGGUGGUCAGGAACAGCAGGACCGGGGCCUCCCGGAGGGCACAGAUGCCCGGAGCCCCCCGCCGGCUUCCGGGGGCCCCACCCGGGUCCUGCGUGGCCGUGGCCGCCCUGCUCCGGACCCGCCCCGCUCGGCGCGGUGGGCGGGGCCUGGCUGCGGCGCUGGCCGCUCGGAGGCGCUGGGAGCCGCCGGGCCUGCGCGAGCCCCGCGUCUGGAGCCGAGGCAGACGCUGCGUCCCCUCCGGCCUCCCGCCCUGCGCCCCCAUGAGGAAGGCCAACAUGUGGUUCCUGGACCGGCUCCGCGGCUCUGGGGACAACGGGACCCGGGCAGCGGGGGGCGAGGCAGGGGACAAGGCCGCCAAGGGGCCCCUGUACAGCAACGUGCUGACCCCCGACAAGAUCCCGGACUUCUUCAUCCCCCCGAAGCUGCCCGCGGGCCCCGCGGAGGCCGAGGGCCCGGCCGAGCUGGGCCCGUCCCCGUCGGAGCAGAACCUGGCUGCGUCCCCCCGCCGCGGCCCGCGCAGCCCCCGGCUGCCCGCCAAGCUGGCCGCCGAGAGCAGGAGCCUGCUGAAGGCAGCCACGCGCCACGUCAUCCAGAUCGAGAGCGCCGAGGACUGGCCGGCCGAGGACGCCCCGGGCGCCCUGGAGCUGCCGUCGGUGCCCAAGGCCCAGACGUCCUACGGCUUCGCCACGCUGGCCGAGAGCCCGCACACGCGGCGCAAGGAGUCCCUGUUCCACAGUGAGCACGGGGCCCUGGCGCAGGUGGGCUCCCCGGGGACGGGGCGCCGGCGGGCGGGGGCCAAGGCCAACGGGGGGGACGGGGCGUCGCGGGAGGCCACGGGCGGCCUGAUGAGCCCUGGCCGCUACUUCAGCGGUGGGGAGAGCGACACGGGGUCCUCGGCCGAAUCCUCCCCGUUUGGGUCCCCCCUGCUGUCCCGCUCUGUGUCCCUGCUCAAGGGCUUCGCUCAGGACGGCCAGGCCAAGGUGACCCAACUCAAGCACUCCGUGGGCCGCCACGGCUCGCUGUCGGCCGACGACAGCACCCCGGACACCAGCCCCGGUGUCCGCCGUCGCCUGACCCGCAGGCCCACCCCUGAGCCGGGCCCCGAGUCCGGCCCAGCGACGCCCCGAGGGGAGCACACGGUGCGCAUGGGGCCCCGGGGCAGCGUGCGGCUGCUGGCUGAGUACGAGGCGGCCCAGGCCCGGCUGCGCGUGCGGCUGCUGGUGGCCGAGGGUCUGUACGAGCGGCCCUGGGACGCCCGGAGCAUCAAUUGCUGCGUGGGCCUCUGCCUGGUCCCCGGGAAGCUCCAGAAGCAGCGCAGCACCAUCAUCAAGAACAGCCGCCACCCCGUCUUCAACGAGGACUUCUUCUUCGACGGCCUGGGCCCGGCCAGCGUGCCCAAGCUGUCCCUGCGCAUCAAGGUGGUCAACAAGGGCAGCAGCCUGAAGCGGGACACGCUGCUUGGGGAGAAGGAGCUGCCCCUGACCUCGCUGCUGCCCUGCCUGUGAGGCGGGUGGGAUGGGGUGCAGGGGCGGGGUGAGGCAGCCUGUCCUCUGCACGGGGUGGAGUGAGGGGGAGAUGGGCUUCGGCUCAGCCUGCACCUGACCCUGGGGUGUCCCGGCCCCGGUGGAAACACAAGUCCUUUUCAUGGACUGGUCUUUUGGAGGAGGAGGAGGACAGGCCUCGGGGAACACAUCAGGUGGCUUGGCAGAGCUGACUGUCCCCCUAGGUCCCUUGAGACUUCUCCACCCCGCCCUUCUACGUAGAGUUGGGAUGGGGGACAGAGGUCUUCGGGAGCCCAAGAAUUGAGGACUGAGAGGCUGAGACCGAGAGGCCGCAGGGCCUAGAGGCCGGGGCUCGGGUCCCAAGGCUCGACAUACUGCUUUGUGGCACAGCCUUGCCCUCCCCAGCCACCUGCUGGGGUGGCUGACACCCUGCAGCGCCCAGAUGCCUGGGGAGCUGGUGACACCACACAGGCCAUCCCCUCCUCGGGCUCCGGGAAGUCUCAGCCUACAGGCUCAGAGGCGAGGGGCUUGGGGGCUCCCGGGUCACCCGGACUCCGCUCUUGAUGAAGGAGGUUGUGUGGCUGCCAGCCUGGAGUCAGUCAGGAGCCUGGGAAGAUGGGGACAGGGGCCCCUUGCCAGGAGGCGCUUGUGCUUGGCCUAUCCCCUGUCCCCUGCCAGCCAGCGCCCAGCUUGGCCUUCUGUGGGAUCGGCAUGGGCCGGGCUGGGGCCUGGGCCUGGUUCUGGCUUUGCCCGGGGUCGGGCAGCUGAUGGAGCUUUGCUAUGAAUCCUUAAAUGGUUCUCAGGCUUUUUUUUUUUCCUCCACAAACUCUGCCAGUUCACAGGUGGGCGGUCACUGCCGGGAGGACAGCCCUGUGGGAUGGCGUCCCCUUCCUUGGCCAUCCCCCUCUUUCACCAGGUCUCUUCUUCCUGGCUUGGUGUCCGCACCCCACCAGGGUUGGUUGCGGCUGUGACUCCCUGGCCUGGAGGGAGCCCUGGAUUUUGGCUGUGCCCCAGUGUGGCCCUGCGCCCUGUGAUUGCUGGGCCCCAGCCCCUGUCUGCACCUGACCCCCACCCCGACCCCGAACCUGGGCCGCAGACCACAGGCCCUGCAUGGAGCUGGACGCUUGGAGCUCGUGGCUGCCUCCCUUCUACGGUGGGGACCCUGUGCCCUAUCCUCCCCGGCAGGGGGGUUCCCGUUUUCUAUAUUUGUGGCUGUUUUGAUAUCUGUGUGUGAGAAGCCGGCUGCGGGUGACUGUCAGACGCCGCCCUCCAGUGUGUGUUGUUUAUAAAUUCUGUUUUUAGUGCAAUAAAGGUGUUUCAGGGC